GAAAUAAACAAAGCCCAAAUAUAAAGGGCCUAAAACAAAUAAUCCCCUUAAAACCCUAGCUUCCUAUCCCAGCUUAAUCUCAUUUCACCUCAUCUUGAAAACCCUAGUAGCGUUUCAAAAUGCCGCCCAAGUUCGAUCCCUCCCAAGUCAUCGACGUGUACGUCCGCGUCACCGGCGGCGAAGUCGGCGCGGCGAGUUCUCUCGCUCCGAAGAUCGGUCCACUCGGUCUGUCCCCCAAGAAAAUCGGAGAAGACAUCGCCAAAGAGACCGCCAAGGACUGGAAGGGCUUGCGUGUGACCGUGAAGCUCACGGUGCAGAACCGCCAGGCGAAGGUGUCGGUGGUGCCGUCGGCGGCGGCGCUGGUGAUCAAGGCCUUGAAGGAACCGGAACGUGAUCGCAAGAAGACGAAGAAUAUCAAGCACACCGGCAAUAUCUCGCUGGAUGACGUCAUCGAGAUUGCGAAGAUUAUGAGGCCCAGGUCCAUGGCCAAGGAGCUGCAAGGGACUGUUAAGGAGAUUUUAGGAACUUGUGUUUCGGUUGGAUGUACGGUGGAUGGGAAGGAUCCUAAAGACUUGCAGGAGGAGAUCGACGGAGGCGAUGUCGAGAUUCCUUUGGAUUAAAUCAAUUACUAGACAAUGUGAUGCUACUUGGUUCUCCUUUUAUAAUUAUUAGUUAUUCAACUUUCGUGUUUUACUAUAAUUGCAGCGUUUAGUUGUUUUCUUAUAAUUUUGCGAUAAUCUAUGUGGAUUUGCCGUAUUGUUGUUUAAUUAGUGAUCUUUCUUUUG